AAUACAUAUUCAUCAAGCUGCACUUCUCUCUGACUCUGCAUUCUCGCCUGAAUUAUCAAUCGUUUUUCUGUUCAUACAAAGGAUCCGCAAAGUUCGAGACAGAAUGCAUGGCCGAUUGAAAGUGAAGACUACCGAAGAACAGCAAGAAGCAAAGAGGAAGGAACGAGAAAAGAAACUUAAACUUUACACAGCUGGUACACAGAAAGUCUUUGAAAAGAGAAAGAAGAAUGAAUUUGAUGGGGAAAUUUUAGAAGUCUGUGCUCAGCUUCUUUCAGCGAACCCAGACGUCUACACACUUUGGAAUGUAAGAAAGGAGACAUUCCAGGUACUUGCAGAGACAAAGACUCCCGAUGAGAUGCAGGAACUGUAUGAUAAAGAGCUGGGUUUCAUUGAGAAUUGCUUGAGGGUGAACCCAAAGUCCUACGGUGCUUGGUACCAUCGUUGCUGGGUGCUGGACCACACCCCCAAACCAGAUUGGAAGCAAGAAUUGAAACUCUGUACUCUGUAUCUAGAAUACGAUGAGAGAAAUUUCCACUGCUGGGACUACAGGAGGUUUGUAGUUGCCAAGUCGGACGUUGCCCCAUCGGAUGAGCUUGAAUUCACCAGCAACAAGAUCAGUACAAACUUCUCAAACUACUCCUCCUGGCACUAUAGGAGUAAGCUCCUCCCAGUGCUUCAUCCUGAUCAAGAGAAGAAAGGAAGGCUCAAAGAAGACAUCCUCAUCCAAGGUAUCGUAUUAGUACCUCGACUGGUUUCUGCUUGCUUCAAGUGGCUAUUAAAGACCAUGAUAGACCAAAUAGAUGCAUGUAUAGUAAGGAAGAAAGACAUCCUCAUACAAGGUAUCGUAUUAGUCCCUCGUCUGGUUUGUGCUUGCUCCAAGUGGCUAUUAAAGACCAUGAUAGACCAAAUUGAUACAUGUAUAGUAAGGAAGAAAGACAUCCUCAUACAAGGUAUCGUAUUAGUCCCUCAUCUGGUUUCUGUUUGCACCAAGUUUUGCACACCAAUUGCAAGUUCUCUCAUGGCAGCUACUUUCUUUAUCUGUGCACUUCCAGGUGAGAAACCAUUAGGAAUCCAAGCAGUCUAUGCAAACAGCGCCCUCAACCAGGUCAUGGUGAUAUUCAGCCAGUCUGUUAACCUCCUACAGCAGCCAGCAGAGGUGUCCAUCAGCGGUUCGGUCAUGGAUGGAACAUGGAGGAACUCAAGAGGUAGUCAAUACCACUCCAUCAUGUGGAUCUACACAGUAAGCAGUGAUGCAUUGAGGCAGGAAGGUGAAAGAACACUUCAAGUCAAACUGAGGGAAGAUGUCUGUAGAUCAUGUCAUCUAGAUGAAGGUGCAACAGAAUGUUGGAGCAAGGACAAGCAAGAUGCGAGCUCACUCUUCACGGCUGAACUCAGUGAUGAGAAAACAGAAUUCCUCACAACGGAACUGGAGUCCUGUCAGCAACUUCGAGAACUGGAACCAGAUAAUAAAUGGUGUCUGUUGACGGUGAUCCUUCUCAUGAGGGCUCUCGACCCUCUGAAGCUCGAGGCCGAGAUGCUCGGAUGUUUCACGACCAUCCUGUCUCAAGACACCUACAGGGCAAACUACUUCAAGGAUCUCAGAAGCAAGUUCAUCAUGGAGAACGCCAUCAUGAGAUACCUGCAGGAGAGUUCAAAGGUCACAGAGUCACAGGUCAAGCAGGCGACAUUUGAUGCAUCUGGAAAGGAGUUGACGACCUUACAUCAUCUCCACCAUCUAUCAUCUGUACACUGUAUGGACCUCUCCAACAAUGACCUUCUUGCGCUCAACGAUGUAGAUCUACUGUUCUGUGUGUCCGACCUAAAGGCUGAUAGCAACAAGCUCCAGGACAUCUCACACUUGAGUGGGUUACCUUGCUUAGAAACGUUGUCACUUGAAAACAACAACAUCUCUUCACUCUCACAGCUGGAGCCGCUGGCAGCUUGUCCAAAUCUUCGACGAUUGGAUCUGUCUGGUAAUUCAGUCUGUGACCUUGACCUUUUUGGGUCAAAGGUCAGAGAACUCCUUCCACAACUGACAAGCCUUAACAAGGAGUUACUAUGAUGGCUGUUUUUACUUAGGUCUGUAAUAUUUCUGAAGUGCAAAUAAUAGGUUCUUGCUAGUAGAUAACACACUAGUUGUCCAUAUAAAAUAUGGGGACUGGGUGUACAAUUUAAAUUGCAAGGGUCCUUACAAGAAUCAUGUUGGUGCAUACUUUCAACCUGCAAAAACAUAUCUGGUUCUACCGCAAGGUUGGUUCGCUCGAUUAGUAUCAAGUGUUAACAAAUACAUGUAUCUACCAAAGGAUUGCGGAGUGGAGUGUAUGUGGUGUAAUAGAAAUUAGUAAGGGUAUUGUGAUGUAUCAUAACUUAAGCCUGUCUGUACUAGUUUGGCCAGGAGGGAUUAGACUACCCAGGGUGGUCACUGACAGGUGGCUAUCUCAUCAACUCAGCUCUCAAUUAACAUAAGAAAAAGAGGAUCAUGGGGGACCAACGGGCACCGCUUAGGCAUUGUUUUCUAUAUAGAGGGAGCAAGUACAUGUAGCUACAAGUAGUACAGAGGGACUUUAAAAGAAUAAGAAUAUAACAUGACGAUUAUGUACACACAUUCCAGAGUGUAUUCCGUCUUUCUGUUGUUACUAUUACUAUCAUUAUAAUUUAAUGAUUUGGGCCUGGGCCUGGUACAAGAAAAGCACACUUAAUCACCCAUGGCUCUCUCCUCCCAGUGUAACUGAUUGGCAUGUGCAGGCGUACUACGACACCAGGGGGUGUUUCACAAAGAUCCUAAGUUGAACUUAUCUCUAAGUUGGACUUAAAAUUUAUGGACACCCAUUGGAGCCUUAAAAUGAAAUAUAU